AUGACAACCUAUCGCCCCCUGCUGCUGCGAGUCAAAGCGGCUUACGACCCCGUGCUCAGGGACGCGGCCGCGUCAACCUAUGACAACGUCCACCUGCGCGGAGAGCUUGCACGCGCACCCGCUGAGCUGGCCGUGGCGGUGGAGGAGGCGCACAACGCGGCGGAGGCGGUCGCGGCGGGCAUGCUGCGGGAGCUGGAGGAGAAGCUGGCAAGCGCAGAGGCAGAAGCUGAAGAGGUCGGCAGCCGCGCGCUCGACACGCGGGCCGAGCGCGAGGCGCGUGACGCUGAAGACCAGCUGUCGCGGUUCCAGCGCAGCUCUGCCUCUGCGAGGCGCGAGGUGGAGCAGCUGACGGCCGCCAACCGCCGGGCCCAGGCGGAGCUGCUCGCGGCCAGCAGCUGGGCGCGGCUCAGGAGGCCCGUGGGCGCGGGCGCCGCGGCGCCCGCGCCCGUGCCGGCAGCAGGUGAACCUGGGGUUUGA